AUGACGUCGAGAAUACGAUGUUUUUUUGAUAUUAAACUUGAUGGAAAUGAAGCUGGUCGAAUUGUAUUUGAAUUAUAUAAUGAUAUAUGUCCACGUACAUGUGAAAAUUUUCGUUGUUUAUGUACAGGAGAAAAAGGUCGUAGUUUAACAUUGUACAAAAAAUUGUAUUAUAAAGGAUGUUUAUUUCAUCGUGUUGUUAAAAAUUUUAUGAUACAAUCGGGUGAUUUUACUGAAGAUGAAAAUUUACAAAUGAAACAUGAUCGACCCUAUCUUCUUUCAAUGGCUAAUCGAGGACCGAAUACAAAUGGAUCACAAUUUUUUAUAACGACAGCUGAAGCAUCACAUCUUGAUGGUAAACACGUUAUUUUUGGCCAUGUUGUUUCUGGUCAAACAGUUGUCGAGACUAUUGAAAAUCUUCCUGUUGAUUCAAAUACUAAUCGUCCAUUAAAAGACGCUAUUAUAGCUCAUUGUGGUGAAUUAGAAAUUGUAACAAAAAGUAAUAAAUCAAAGAAACGUAAAAUUUCAACUGGAGAUGAAAGUGAAAAUGAAAAUGUCGAAGAAAAUAAUAAUGAUGAUGAUGAAAGUAGUUCAACAUCAGAUAAUGAUGAAAAGAAAAAAAAGUCCAAACAUAAUAAAAAAAGUAAAAAAAAAGAAAAACAUCGACGAAAAAAAGAUACAAAACGUUUAGCAACAAAAAUUGGUGAAAAUAAAAAUGAUGUUGAUAAUAAUACCAAUGAAAUAUCUAAACGAGAUAUUACUAAUCUUAAAUCAAAUGUUGAUUCAGAUGAAAUAUCCGAACAAAAAUUGCCUACACGAUCUUCAUUAAAUGAUAAAGAAAAAACUAACAAUGAUGAAACAAUCAAUAGUGAAAGAACAUCUCGAACAAAUAGUUAUCGUGCAGCAACAAAAGUUGAUUCGAAUGGCCGUCCAGUAAAAGGUCGUGGUACAAUGAGAUAUACUGGGAAAAGUCGUUCAAGAUCACGUACACCCCCACAUUGGCGUUCAGCAGCUGAAGAACGCAAACGUUUUGUUGAAAUGAAUGAAUCACGUAAACAAACAUCUGCUGAACAAACAAAUCAAAAUGAAAAUACAGAUACAUUAACACAAUCAUCUGAACAAUUGAAUACACGUGAAAAUUCAAAACGUACUCGUUCAUAUUUAAAAAAUGGUGAUACCAGUGAUGAUCAAGAAAAUACAACUACUAAUAAUGACGAACAAAUAUCAAAAGAUUCAAAUAAACGUUCACGUCGUUAUGAAAAACGACGAGAACAUAUUGAUGAUGAUAAUGAUCAACAAAUACAACAAUCACAACCAACUAUACAAAGUAGUAUUGUUCGAGCUGAACCUAAAGAACGUGAACAACGACGUUCAUCACCAACACGCCAACGACGUGAACAUCGUAAUGAACCAAAACAUCAUCGAUCAACAAAUAAUAAACAUGAUGAAAAUGAAAAAUCAAAUGAUAAACAUGUUCAAAAUAAUUCUUCACCAGUACGUCCUAGACGUGAUCAUGACGAAUCUCAUACGAAUCGUCGUCGUCGUUCUCAAACACCACCAUCAUCAUCUCGUAAUCGAUCACCACAGAAUGAUAAUAAAAAUGAAUCAUUUGCAGAUUCUACAGUAUCAUCAUCUAAAACUGAUCAACAAGGAGACACGACUAAUGUUUUAUCAGCAGUACACUCUAGUUCAUCACCACCAUCCCAAUCAUCAGCAUCUUCGUCUGGAAAACGACGUAAUCGCUGGGACAAGCAAGAAGAAUUUAAUGAAAGACAAACAACAAUACAACAUACUAAUCUUGAAGAUGAAUUACUUAUGAUUGCACAAACAAGUAUAGUAGAAAUUGAAUCAAUAACACAAUCGAAUGACAUUCCACAACAAUCAACAGAAAUAAUAGUAACAGAAAGAGAAACAACUGUUAGUAAAUCAAAAUGGGACGAUGAUGAUGAUGAUAAUGAUGAUGAAAUUACUACCGAUUCAAUCAAGCAAAAUCAAACUCAAUCAGAACCUUCACCAAAAGAGAAAGCACCUAGUCCAAUAGUAAAUACGUCUGUCGAAACUGCAUCAAAUAUUGAAAAGUCUAAUGAAAACCGAUCGUCAUCAUCGGUACCAACAGAUAAACAACAAGAUAAAACAAUUUCACAAACCGAACAAUCAUCAUCGAGCCAUAGUCGAAAAGAAAAAGAUUCUUCAAAUCGAGAACGUCGACAACGACAAACAUCCAGUCAUGAACGUGACCGUGAACGGAAUCGUGAACGUGAACGUGAUCGCGAACGUGAUCGUGAUCGUGAUCGUCGUCGUCGCACAUCUAGUCGUGAUCGACAUUAUUCAUCUUCGCAAAAUCGUUAUCGUAAUUAUGGUGAAAGAAAUGAUUAUUAUCGUCCUCGAAAUUAUGACGAUCGAUAUAAUACUAGUCAUCGUCGACGAUAUUCACCACCAGCAUCAUCUCGAAAUCGAUAUUAUGAUCGAGUUGAUCGAUAUCGAGGUCGUGAUCGUGAUUAUCAUGAAAGAGAUCGUCGACGAAAUGAUGAUCGUGAUCAUCAUCGUUCGUCUCGGGAUAAAAAUACUCGUACAUCGCCAUCAAAAGCAUCGAAUCGUCCAAAAGAUCGAAAACGAUCAUCGAGUUCUUCAUCAAAUUCAUCUUCGUCGGGUUCAUCAUCACGUUCAUCCUCAUCAUCAUCAACGUCUUCCUCAUCUUCCUCGUCCUCAUCAUCCUCAGGUUCAUCAUCAAGUAGUUCAACUGGAUCAGAAGCAAAAUCUGGACGACAUGAACAUAUUUCAACUCCACCAGCACGAAAACGUUUACCUACACCACCAAAUCCAGAAGAUGAACAUGUUUUUGUAUCAUUACAAACUGUUAAACCGCGUGAACUACCCGAACGAAAACAGAUUAAAAUUGAAUUAUCAAAAUCUGUACCAUUACCACCUUCAACAUCACCAGCUCGAUCACCACCACCACCACCUCUACCACUCUAUGAUCCUGAAGAAGAUGAAGAAUCAUCAAAUACAGCAACACAUUUACAAGAUCGUAUUGGUGAACAUGAAGAUAUGGAACUUGAUGAACUUGAUGAACCACAACCAACAUCAACAGAUGAAUUAACUUCAUCAACUACUUUUAUGGAAGAACAAACAGUACAAAUAACGACAGGAACAAUAACAGCAGCACCAACACCACCACCUCCACCAGCACCAUCGAUUUCUUCACUUUAUGAUGAUGCUGAUGAAGAAGAUCCAAGUAUUCCAACAGAAAGUAAUCAAGAUCAAAGUAAUGAUACAAAUACAAUGCCACCAAUAGUAACUUCAACGGCUGAAACAAUCGUCGAAGAAAAACUAUCUAAACGUCGAUCAGCAUCUCAUUCAUCUUCUUCAAGUUCAUCAUCUGGUAGUAACACAAGUAGUUCAACAUCAUCUUCAUCUGGUUCAAAAUCAUCAUCAUCAACACGUUCAUCAUCAUCCGGUUCAAAUAAAAAACGCGAAUCUUCAUCAUUACAUCUCCAACAUCGUCAAAAUGGUAACCAUAGUUCAAAUUCCAAAUAUAAAUCACGACGUCGUUAA